AUCCACUUCUCCUCUGCCAACCAUUUACACAGCUUUAGAAGCUUCCAGUAACUUCCACGAUCUUCGGGAAGGCAAUGGCCGAAGCGGCGAGAUCGACGGGCACUGUCAAAUGGUUCAGCGCGCAAAGAGGUUUCGGCUUCAUAGCUCCAGAUGACGGUGGGGAUGAUCUCUUUGUUCAUCAGACUUCCAUCCGGUCUCAAGGCUUUCGUACCUUGUCAGAAAACCAGCCCGUGGAAUUCACCGUCGAUUACGCUGAGGAUGGGCGGGCGAAGGCUGUUGACGUAUCAGCAAUCCACCAAUUUCGCCGCCCCUCACGCGGCUCCCGCGGUGGCGGGAGAGGGGGAUCUUUCGCCGGGAGAGGCAGGGGUGGCGGUUAUAGGCAAGAUGGUUAUGGUGGCGGUGGCGCGUGUUAUAAUUGUGGAAGGAUGGGGCAUUUAGCGAGGGAUUGUUAUCGAAGUGGUGGCGAUGUUGGUGGUGGAAGUAGGAGAUACGGCGACGGUGGCGGCGGCGGCCGAGGCGGUGGUGCUGGCAGAUGUUAUAAUUGUGGAAAUGAAGGACAUUUCGCGAGGGAUUGUCCUAGUUAAUGAGAAAAUAAUCGAGUUUGGUUUGGACAACUACAUUGCUUUGAAAUGCUGGCGUUUCUGUAGUUUUGUUGUGUUGAUGUUGGUGGUGCUGACUGCCGAGGCGUUAUUAGCCGCCGGAAAGUUGAUGAAUCAGCAAAGAAGAUGGACCUGAAGUGAUUUUCCCUUCUAGAUUCCGGUGCCAAUUGUUUCAAAGUAUCCUCUUUUGGAGUGAUUUUCUUGCACAGCUUUUGGUAACAUGAGUAACUGUUUUCCAUAAGAUAUGUGAUUGUUAUAUUCUUUUCUGAAUACCCUAUUGUUUUCAAUCAAUUUAAAACCUUCAUAUGUGCAGCAUGAAUGGAAAAGGAAUGCUUAUCUCAUUAAUGGAUUGUGUGUAUUUUCUUCUGGGGCUUUGCUGUAGUACAUGGUAGGCAUUAUUGCAUUAAUGUGAUGGUCCUGUUUAUUGAAAGAGAUGGUAAUCGCUUUUGGACUUCACAUUUCUUAACAUUUUAGAUCCAUAUGUGGAUAAAAUGUCUUGAUAGGA